UUUGAGUCCUUCGUUACACUGCUAUCGAUAUCUAUCAUUAGAGCGUAAAUUUGUAAACAACUUGAACAAGCUAUGGUGUUUUGUGUGGCAUUCAACUGUAACACUGGGUCAGGUCAAGGAUAUGGGUUGUUUACGUUCCCGAAAGACCCAGACAGGCGAAAGAUAUGGAUACAUAAGGUGAAGAGACAGAACUUUGUUCCCACAGAGCAUUCCAGACUGUGUGCUAAACACUUUGACUUCGAUCAGUUUGUAAUAGAUGCCAGAAUUGCCUCGUCCGUGAAGUUUACACCAAAACAGAAAAGACUGAAAGCAAAUGCUAUUCCCACAAUAUUUAACCAUAACAAGUCGGGGGAAAAGACUUCUGCCCUGGGAGCCAGUCCGGGUAAAAGAAAGAGAGUCAGACAUGCAUCUAGAGCAUUGGAAAAGAGACGGAGAUUAGAGAUAUUUCAGGGAUUCAGUGGAGGCAAGGUGUCACUUGAUAGUGAAUUGACACAAGUGUUGGAUAUGAGUGCUGAUGAUGUAGAGGAAUCUGAAAGUGUUUUUUUGAGUGAAGUAGAACCACAUAACCUGGACACAAGUAUGCCACUUGCAGUAACAUGUUUGACAGACAAAAGACAGACAUUUGAAAUGUUUUCCCAGACUGAUAACAAAAUAGUGUAUCCUCAACAACAUGCCCAGAUUCAAGCUAUCAUUCCAAUGACAGACAGUAGUACACAAACAGAAAAUAUCUUCAUACCACCAGAACUAUUUGGAAGUAAUGCCAGCAGCCAACUUGAAACAGUUGAGGAAGAAUUAAGUGAUUCAGAUGAUCCUGAAUGGGUACCAUCAGAUGAAGAAGAUGAAAUUGAUAGGCUUGUAGAUAUCAAUGAACAAAAAAAUGAGGCUAAGGAAAGAAAGUUUAUUGUUUUUGAGACUGAAUUAAAUGAUUUAUUUAGGGAAUGUGUAGAAUGUAGGAAAACCCUUACCUCAGAGGAAAUAGUAAAAAAAGUGACUGGAACUUUAAUUCAGAUUAAUAUAAAUUGUGAUUGUGGGUAUUCAAAAAGUUGGAAGAGUCAACCAAUGUCUAAUACCAUGCCAGUUGGAAAUUUAGUUUUAGCUGGUGCCAUUCUGUUUUCAGGCAGUAAUCCGAGUAAGGCAUUCAACUUUAUGAAUCAUGCUGGAGUUCAGUUUUUUUCACUGCGUACAUAUAAUUAUAUGCAAACUGCCUACUUAGUUCCUGCAGUAAACUCAGUCUGGAAUAGAAAACAGCUAGAACUAGUUGAUGAGAUUAAAGAUUCAGGAAGAUCAUUAAAGCUUGGUGGUGAUGCACGUUGCUGUUCACCCGGUCACACAGCAAAAUAUGGUUCAUACAGUGUUAUGGAUUUGACAACAUCAAAAGUGAUAGAUAUGCAGUUGGUACAGAGCAAUGAGGUAACAAAUAAUUAUGCUAUGGAACAAGAGGGGUUGAUAAGAUGUUUGAACUUUCUUCACAACCAACACGUUCAAGUAUCCCACCUCAUCACAGAUAGACAUAGCCAGGUGAAGAAGUUCAUGAGAGAAAAGGAACCAAGCAUCCAACACAUGUUUGAUGUAUGGCAUGUAGCAAAAGGAAUUUACAAGAAAUUGGAACUGAAAGGGAAGUCAUUAAAAAAAGGAUACCAGGGCAUUGCAAGAUGGUCUAGAUCAAUCAGUAACCAUAUGUAUUGGUGUGCUGCAAGUAGCAAUGGUAACGGUGAGGAGUUGGUACAGAAGUGGCAGUCUGUAUUAAAACAUUGUGCUAAUGUCCAUGACGGCCAUGGUGACCUGUUUCCAAAUUGCUUGCACGGACCUUUGGAAGACAGAGAAUGGAUCAAAAUGGGAUCACCUGCCUACGUAGAACUGGAAAAGGUAAUAUGUGGACGAAUGUUGUUGAAAGACAUCAAGAAGUUAUCACCAGCAGAACAGACAUCUGGGUUGGAGUCAUUUCAUAACAUUGUUUGCUACUUUGCUCCAAAGUCAACACAUUUCUUCUACUGGCAGAUGAGGGCAAUACUUUUCUAAAGUGUACUGCACUUUAAUGAAAACACCAGUAGGAGUCAGACAACCACAGCACAAGGAAGACCUCAAUUUAGUAUUUCCUAUCCAAAAGGAAGGAAAGGUGAUGCAAUUGCUAAGGAGGUUAAAGUCAAACAAACUUUCGGUUAUGUUGAUGACCUUAUGGAAGAGUUGCUGCUAUAUCGAGAGACAUAUCCAUCUUACAAGAGUGACUUAGAUAUAGCAGCAGUUGACAAAAGACUGGUUGUGCCACCUCCAUUAUCAGAUCAGGCAAACAGACAAGAAAAGGAGAAUGUGAUUCAACAACAUAUCAAUAGAUUUAACAAUGAAUAAAUGUGAUAAAGAUUUUAUUAUCAGCUAUAUAA